GUAUUCCUUGGUUCAUAUUGCGGGAGCCACUAAUUUUGUUUAAUAUCUAAGCAAAACCUUGUGUUUAUCGGUAUUUCUCACCUCUCCUUCAUCCAAGCUUUGUUCCUUGUUCACUGAUUUGCACUGAGCCAUGGAGUUUCACUCUCUUCCCAAACUCUACCUUAUCUUUUCCUUAUCCAUUCUCUUCCUUUCACCUUUUCAAGCACAAGCUGCAACUAAAAUCUCUUACUGCGAUAAGAAGGCAAACUAUCCUGUGAAGGUGACUGGAGUUGAUAUAUCACCAGACCCUGUGAAGAGUGGCCAUCCGGCUACCUUUAAGAUCUAUGCUACUUCAGGUAAAUCUAUCCUUGGUGGAGAGGUAGUAAUUGGAGUUUCAUACGUUGGGGUGCCUGUCCAUACAGAAAACAUUGAUCUUUGUAACGAAGUGAAGUGCCCUGUUUCUAAUGGCAAUUUUGUGAUUUCACACACCCAAACAUUGCCUGUGAUUACUCCACCGGGACCUUACUCUCUGAAGAUGACACUGAAGAAUGAUCGGGACGAGUUGUUAACUUGCAUUAAGUUUAAUUUUAAGAUCGUUCUUGGAUCUUUGGUGUCUGAUAUAUGAAGUGUCCUUUGUAUGAUUGAUCUGGCGAACUUCUUUGCUUCAUUGUCAAGUGUUUUCAUUGUAAUGUGUACCGUAUAUCACCUUUCACCAGUCAGAAUCAUUUAAGGCUAAAAUUCAGUGAUGUCAAAGUCACUGCAUGACUUUGGACUUGUGAUGCUGUAUAAGGUUCGUGACUGAAAAUUUUAUUUCUGUUUAGAUUUAAUUCAAUUUUAUAAAAUUGCCUGUUGUCUAGUAA